CACUUCUAUUCUCCCUCUUCUUCUAAUUUGUUGUACUUUCUUUGCUGCUUCUUCUGUAAGACUAUAACACAAGCUCUCUUUGCUACUGUAUUCAUGGAUCUCAUUCCGGGUCUUCCAAACGAUGUCGCAAUCGAGUGUCUGACUCGUCUUCCUUUCCAUCAGUUGCCAACCGCUGUUUCAGUCUGUGGAGGAUGGAAGGUUGAGAUUGAACUGCCGGAGUUCCGGCGGCUCCGGAAGGCGGUUGGCCGGAGCCGAUCUAUCUUUGUGAUGGCGCAGGCUUGGGUUGACCCCAACCGGAAUCACCAAGGAGGGCUCAUGGUCUCGGCUACGCCGGUUUACCGGCUCACACUCUGUGACCCGGAGACUGGUAAUUGGCGGGAGCUGCCACCUGUGCAGGGAUUUUCUGAUGGGUUGCCUAUGUUUUGCCAGCUUGUCGGGAUCGGGUCGGAUCUGGUGGUAAUGGGUGGGUGUGACCGGGUGAGUUGGGAGGCCUCAAAUUUGGUGUUUAUUUACAAUUUUGUCUCGGCCGAGUGGCGCAGUGGGGCUGAUAUGCCAGGUGGCAAAAGGUCAUUUUUUGCCUGUGCUUCUGAUUCUGAUACGACGGUGUUCGUUGCGGGCGGUCAUGAUGAGAAUAAGAAUGCUUUAAGAUCCGCAAUGGCAUAUGACGUGGUGAAGGACAAGUGGGUCCCAAUGCCUGACAUGGCAAGGGAGCGGGACGAGUGCAAGGGGUUGUUCCACGGUGGCAAGUUCCAUGUCAUUGGUGGAUAUUGUACAGAAAUGCAAGGGCGAUUCGAGAAAAGCGCUGAAGCAUUUGACGUGGCCACGGGGCAGUGGGCCCAAGUACAUGAGGAUUUCCUUGAUAUCGCCAAGUGCCCGAGGACUUGUGUGGAUGGCGGUGAUGGAAGGAUCUACAUGUGUGGUGAAGGUAAUGUACGGACUAUGAAAGGUGCCACUUGGCAAGUCAUCACGGGACUACCUGCUGAGGUGUCAAAUGCAACGUAUGUGUCCACGUGGCAGGGCAAGUUGUUAGCGAUUGGUUGUGCAAAUUUUGGUGAGCCCCACAGAGCUUAUGUGAUGGACCUGAAGAAUCCGACGUGGACAAAAGUGGAGGCACCGGAGGAAUUCACCGGCCAUGUCCAGUCUGGCUGUUUUUUGGAAAUUUAGUAAUUAAAGUGGAGGUACAUAAGACAUGACAUGUGAGCUGUUCCUGUUGAGUUAGUUUUUGUUAGACAUUGAUUUACUGAAUUAUACACAUUUUUUUUCUUCUA